CUUCUCCCCGCCUCUCCGCUAGCCGCGUCUCGGAAGCUCUGCCUCCCCCGCGCCGCCUGACGCUCCCGGGCCUCCGGCGCUUGUUUCACUUGGCGCCGUGAUGAGCUGCUGAAGUCAUGGUGAAAUGCUGCUCAGCCAUCGGAUGCGCUUCUCGCUGUCUCCCCAAUUCCAAGUUGAGAGGGCUGACUUUCCACGCAUUCCCCACAGAUGAAAAUGUCAAAAGAAAGUGGGUAUUAGCAAUGAAAAGACUUGAUGUGAAUACUGCAGGCAUUUGGGAGCCCAAGAAAGGAGAUGUGUUGUGUUCAAGGCACUUUAAGAAGACAGAUUUUGACAGAAGUGCUCCAAAUCUUAAACUAAAACCAGGAGUCAUCCCAUCUAUAUUUGAUUCCCCAUACCAAUUACAGGAGAAGAAAGAAAAGCUGCACUAUAGGAAAAACUUCACUCUCAGAACCCUUCCGGUCACAAACCAUGACCACCAACUCAUCGGUGCUUCUUCGUACAUUGAAAAGUUCCAAUCUCAGUUCAUUUUUGAGCACAGCUACAGUGUAAUGGACAGUCCAAAGAAACUCAAACAUAAGUUAGAUCAUGUGAUCAGCCAGCUGGAGGACACCCAGGAAAGUCUGCGCAAUGUUCUAGACCGAGAAAAGUAUUUCCAAAAAGCACUGAGGAAAACGAUUAGAGACUUGAAGGAUGAAUGUCUCAUCAGCCAAGAAACAGCAGAGAGACUGGACCAGUUCUGUUGGGAGCCUCCUCGGGAGGGCACAGAGCAUGGCUAUUCUGCGAGGUAGCACCAUGCUGCAGCCUUUCAGAGUGUGAUUCUCACAUGUGUCAUGUAUGGUGCCUGUCACUGAAGUCCUGCUGGGGUCCUUCGGAGCAUUAUGCAUUACGGUUGUUACCCACAGUCGUUUUUGAAGAUGUACAGGAAUGUCUGUGUGGUAGUUCAAUGUUUGUGUCACUUGUGAUACUUAUGUUUUAUAUAGACUUAAACUAGUGCCACUAUUUACUAUUGUAAGAUGCUAAAAGCUUGAGAGAAUUCCACAGAAAUAAGGAAAUUACAUUUUCCGUGUUAAACUCUGGUGGUAGGAACCAGACUCUUCAGCAGCAACAGUUUUUUGUGUUGAGUGAAUACCUUUAUUUAUACUUGCUUUAUGGUAAGUAGGAUUUUAUUUAAAUGUAUUUUAGUAUAAAGCAAAAUUCACUGUGACAAAAACCAUCUUGCAUUCAUCUCCAGAUGCUUUCGUUCAUAAUAUGGAAGGGCCUUUUUACACAGUUGCCCAUAGCUUCUACUCUUAAGAAUAACAUGGAGGCUUUUAAAAUUAAGAGCCACUUUAAGAAGACCCUUCACAAGGGAAUCACCAUCGUUCUCCUGACCAACACUCAGAUGUAACCACAAGUUCUUUUAAAAACAA